CAGUAACCAGUAAAAAAAAGAAAGAAAAGGAAAUCAAUUUCAAUACCAAUUCUAAUGGGCAAUGAAGGAGGAGGAGAAGACUAAAAAGGAAUGAGGGGAAUGACACUUUUGACCUGGCAGGUGGCCCAAGCACCAAUUCUUACCAUUGCAACUAGUCUUCUGUUAGGACUCGAGGAAACGAAAAAGGUAACAGAGGGUGGACAACAAAAAAAGCUAAGCACAACCCCUGUUUUCCCUUUUCUCUUGGCUGGCUGCUUCAGAAUCAGAGCUCUCUGUUUUUGUUUGUGUUUCUUUAGGGUAUUUUGAAAGCUCAACUGGAAUCGAGAUCCUCCCUUUACAGUUCUUUUGAUGGGUUCCUCGAAUCGUUUAUUUAGUAGGCAGCGAACUCUUCAUGAAAUUAUUGGCGGAGGUCUUGUUGCAGAUGUAAUACUAUGGAGGCGAAAGAAUCUGACUGUGGGGAUACUGUUACUAAUGCUGGCAACUUGGCUGGUGUUUGAGAGAUGUGGUUACACCUUGUUGUCUUUAAUUUCCAGCGUUCUACUUCUUCUUGUUACCAUUCUCUUUCUCUGGGCCAAAUCUGCCUCCAUUCUCAAUAGACCAGCACCACCUCUUCCCGAGUUACAUCUCUCAGAAGAUAUGGUAAAUGAAGCUGCAACUUUUAUUCGUUCGCGUGUGAAUACUCUGCUGUCUGUUUCCCAAGAUAUAGCCAUGGGUAAAGACCCCAGAUUAUUCUUCAAAGUAGCUGCUUGCCUGUGGCUGAUUUCAUUUAUCAGUGGCUUGACUGAUCUUCUCACCUUGGGUUACACUAGCCUUUUCCUUGUGCUUACGAUUCCCGCGCUGUAUGAGAAGUAUGAAGAUUAUGUAGAUAGGCAUGUCAUAUUGAUCUACAGAAGAUUGCAUCAAUUCUAUGUGAAAUUGGACGAGAAGCGUGUUCUCACGUACCAACAAUGGAUUUUGGAGAAAGAAAAACUGAGCUGAUCAGUGAUCUCUCUUGUUGAUGGCUGGCUCUCUCGCUCUUUCUUCUGGUUUCUUUUUGAAUGUUUUAUGGUGUUCUUUCAACCCCAAGGGUGGAGUUGACAGAAGCGUGGGGGAUGAUUGUAUUUUGUUCAUAACUUUGUUUUCAAAUUCUCUAAUUCCUGCUAGAGAAAUGUAUUUAGAAACGGCAUGUUACGAAUUUUGAAUUAAUUUUUCAUUAGUGGGUGAUUGGGGGUUGACAGGCAAGUUGAUCAUAUAUUUAUAUAUACUAUACAGCCAAAGCAGCAGCUAUAAUUGAUGUUUCCUUAGCCUUACCAUCAAUGUCAUAUGUGAUGGUAAAUACAAUUAUAUGUUCAAUUCCUAA